AAGGGGAUUCCUCUGUAUAGUGAUAAAAGGGAAAGGGACUGGAGAUGCUCUUAGUAUAUAAGACUGAGCACUAGCUAGUACACGUGAGGUAAGCUAGUGUAGCCAGGAUGGCCAUCAUCGCCGGAGUCCUGCUCCUCGUUCUCACCAGCCUCCUCACGCCGUUCCCAGCUGCUGCCGACGUGUUCUGCGAUAACCUUAAGCGAGUCGCGGCCACCCUCCCGAAGAACACGUCCUCGUCCCCCGUACACUUUGCCACCAUCUCCUUUGGCCAAGCCCCCGACAUCGUCUACGCUCUCGCGCUCUGCCGCGGCGACGUCCUCGAUGACACGACAUGCGGCGACUGCGUCGCCAACACGUUUGACAAAAUCGGGACGCCGCCGGGCCAGGAGUGCGACAAGAUCGACUUCGAUUACGGUGAGGACUGCACUCUAGCCUACUCCGUCGACAACGUUCUCGUCCCCUACAACAGCACAGGGGAAAACAGAGACACUAUGCAUUGGGAUAGGUGGAACGAGAAGAACGUCACCGGCGACGUCCGCCUCAUCGCUGGCCUCAUCCACGAGCUUCUGCUGGAGACGGUGGAGAAGGCGGCCAGCACGGCGCCGAGGCGGUUCGCCACGGGCAUCGCGGACAGCGGCACGACAUUUCCACCGGUGUACUCCCUGGCACAGUGCACACCGGACCUGUCCGCCGGCGACUGCCUGGCGUGCCUCCAGCGCCUCCUCGGCAUGGUCAACUCGACCAUGGCCUUGCGGAUGGGAGGGCAGAUCCAUGUCAUACGGUGUUCAUUCAGGUAUGAGACGUAUCCGUUCUAUAACAGCCAACCCAUGCUGCGUCUUGGGCCGUCAUCGCCACCGGCGCCAGCUCCGACCCCGACUACGGUGGCCAAGCACAGGAGGCAUAUGAGCAAUCUCUGGGCGAUUCCCAUAGUUGUAGUUCCUCUAGCGGUGGCAGCAUUUCUCUGCUUCAUCUUCUACUCCCCUUUGUUCAGAAGGUACAGGAAAGCAAUGAGGUUACGACUAGGAUCAAGGCGUACUCAGGACUUGCAGGGACAUGAAGAACUAGUUUGGGAUGGGAAGAACUCAGAGUUCUCGGUCUUCGACUUUGAACAGGUGCUGGAGGCCACAAAUCAUUUUUCAGAAGAAAACAAACUUGGACAAGGUGGAUUUGGCGCUGUCUACAAGGGCCAGUUUGCUGAUGGAUUGGAGAUAGCAGUCAAGAGACUCGCUUCACAUUCAGGGCAAGGUUUCACAGAGUUCAAAAAUGAAGUCCAGCUCAUAGCCAAACUCCAACACAGGAAUUUGGUUAGGCUCUUGGGAUGUUGCUCCCAAGAAAAGGAGAAAAUAUUGAUCUAUGAAUACUUGCCAAACAAAAGCUUGGAUUUCUUCAUCUUCGAUGAAAAUAGAAGAGCUUUACUGGAUUGGUCCAAACUUGUAGCAAUAAUUGAGGGAAUAUCACAUGGACUUCUUUACCUACAUAAGCACUCCCGGUUGCGUGUCAUACAUCGGGAUCUUAAACCCAGCAACAUUCUCUUGGACUGUGAAAUGAAUCCAAAAAUAUCAGAUUUCGGCCUAGCAAAAAUAUUCAGCUCAAAUAACACUGAUGGAAACACUACAAGAAGAGUGGUUGGCACAUAUGGCUAUAUGGCUCCUGAGUAUGCUUCGGAGGGCAUUUUCUCUAUCAAGUCCGAUGUAUUCAGCUUUGGUGUUCUUGUUCUUGAGAUCCUUAGUGGAAAACGGAAUUCUGGUAGUAAUCAGUGUGGUGAUUUUAUCAAUCUCAUUGGAUAUGCAUGGCAAUUGUGGGAAGAGGAAAAGUGGAUUGAUCUUGUUGAUGCAUCUUUGACUCCCAACGGUCACUCGGCAGAAAUCAUGCGGUGCAUUAACAUUGCAUUGUUGUGUGUUCAAGAGAAUGCGGCUGAUCGACCAACCAUGGCAGAUGUUGUUUCAAUGCUAAGCAGUGAGACUGCUACCAUCCUGAGUGAGCCUAAGCAGCCAGCAUAUUACAAUGUAAGGGUAGGAAAUGAAGAGGCAUAUACUGCUACUAAGUCAUGCAGUAUCAAUGAUGUGACCAUAUCUGUCACCACUCCUAGAUAGUUGUUUUUCCUUUUGGCAUAUGGUUUUUUACCAUCCCAGUGUACUGGUAAAGAUACAAUAACUACUGUAUAAUGCAUUGCUUCUUAUCCUU